AUGGCUAAUCUUAGGUGUAUGGAGCAGAGCCGAGAGCGAGGAAGGGCUCAUUCUAGUGAAGAAAUCUUAGGAAGGCAACAGACCGCCCACCUUCACAGCGUCUGGUUUACUGAUGAAUGGAUGGAAGUUUUUAGGCAUUCAUUCUUGAAAACUUCUCAGGAACUCCCUAAAAUCAUUCUAAUAUUGUCUUUGAUCUGUAUAAUUGGAGCACUUUUGAACCAACACUUGAAAGACUUUCCAAUUCCUCUCCCUGUGAUAUUAUUUUUACUUGGAUGCAGUUUUGAAAUGCUAAGUUUUACAUCUGACAAGGUCCAAGAAUAUGCAGAUGCCAUACAAUGGAUGGAUCCACACUUAUUUUUUAAUCUAUUUACACCGGUAAUUAUCUUUAAUGUUGCAUUUGAUAUGGAUGUUUACCUGUUCCACAAGUUAUUUUGGCAGAUAGUUUUCAUUACAGUUCCUGGCUUUCUGAUUAACUACGCCUUAAUCCUUUGGUAUCUGGCGUCUAUGAAUAAAUUGCUUCUGAAAACCACCCCAUGGUUACUAUUUUCAGCUAUCCUUGUGAGUUUAGAUCCCAUGCUGACUUCAUCUGCUAUAAAAGAUCUGGGUCUUUCUAGAAGCCUCGUCAGUUUAAUAAAUGGAGAAAGUCUGAUGACCUCUGUAAUGUCUUUAAUUACAUUCACUGUUAUUGUGAAUAUUGACCUUAGCUUGCACAAAAAUACAAUCCAGUCUUUAGCCUAUAUCAUUGUGAGAGAAAUUUGGUUACAACUUAUAGUAAGUUUCUUGUUUGGAAUUGUUAGUUCAAAACUGAUUCAACUAUGGCUGUCUACUGUUUUUGGAGAGGAUGUCAAUCAUAUAAGUCUCAGCUUUUCAUUUCUGUACCUCAUCUUCUAUAUUUGUGAGCUAACUGAAAUGUCUGGAAUAUUUACUCUUGUCAUUAUGGGACUUUUUUUUAAUUCUACAAGUUUUAAACCAGGAGUUGAAGCACUUCUUCUUGAACUUCUGGUCUUUCUGUUACUGAGCCCUCUUUUGUCUCGACUUGGUCAUGGUUUCAGCUGGCGCUGGGCAUUCAUAAUGGCCUGGAGUGAAAUGAAAGGGACUCCUAAUAUAAACUUGGCUCUUCUGCUUGCCUACUUUGAAAACUCUCUUGGAUCUGAGAGGGAGAAAUCUCAAAUAUUAUUUCAUGGAGUGUCAGUAUCCUUAAUUACCUUGAUUGUCAAUAGAUUUAUUUUGCCAAUGGCAGUUACUAAACUUGGUCUUCGUGAUGUCACAUCAACAAAGUAUAAAUCACUGUAUUAUACAUUUCAACACUUUCAAGAACUAACCAAAUCUGUAGCCUCUGCACUCAAAUUUGACAAAGAUCUUGCUAAUGCAGAUUGGAACAUAGUUGAGAAAGCAAUUAUACUUCAAAACCCGUAUGCAUUGGGCCAAGGAGAAACAAAAGAACAUCAAAAAGUGAAAUGUCUACACUGUAACAAGGAAAUAGAUGAUAACCUUAACAUUGAAGCAAUGGAGUUGGCCAAUAGACGUCUCUUGUCAACACAAAUAGCGAGCUACCAGAGACAAUACGGGAGUGAGACUCUGUCCCAGAGCGCAGUCCAGGUGCUGGUAGGGGCAGCAGGAAGCUUUGGAGAGAAGACGGUAGAGUAUAUGAAUGCUGAGACAAUAAAGAAUUAUUCUGAAAGCAAAAAAAUUCUUGUCUUUACUAGAAAAGUAUUGCUCAAUUGGGUGUAUAAUACGAAAAAGGAAAAAGGGAUCCCAUCAAGACAUUGCUUUCUUCGUGCAUGCCAUAAAAUAGUAUUUACUGAUGAAUUUGAGUACAUCGGAUACCUUGUCAUACUAAUGAAUAUGUUUCCUCUUAUAAUUUCUUGUAUAUCUGUGUUGAACGAUAUCUAUGAAACAGAAUUAGCAUAUGCUAACUACUCUUUUCUUGCAUUUUAUAUCAUGGAGGCACUACUUAAGAUAGCAGCGAUGAGGAAGGAAUAUUUUUUCCAUGCCUGGAAUCUAUUUGAGCUAACAAUUACGCUAGUUGGCAUCAUAGAUGUAAUUCUGAUUGAGACAAAUCCCAUUAAUUAUUAUAUUUUUGAUUUGGUUCAAACAGUCAUCAUUAUAAAAGUUGUUAGAUUUCUUCGCAUCCUACGCAUUUUGAAGCUUGUAACACCAAGGUUGCUGCAAAUAUUAGAUAAAAGGAUGAGCCAUCAGCUGUCCUUUAGGUAUGCUAUACUAAAAGGAUAUGUCCAAGGCGAAGCAGAUAUAAUGACUAUAAUUGAUAAGAUUGCAAGUUCUAAACAGGUUAAACAGAUGUUAUUAAGGAGGGUAACGAAGAACACAGGACAUGCUAUGAAAGAACUAGGCUACUUAGAGUAUGAUCACCCAGAAAUUGCUGUCAUUAUGAAAACAAAGGAGGAAAUUAAUGUCAUGCUCAGUUUGGCUAAAGAAAUUGUUAAAGUUUUCAGGUUAAAAGGCAUUCUUCAUAAAAUUGAAGGUUCUGAAAUUAACAAGAUAAUUAUGGCCAAAAAAAGAGACAUACUUGAUUUUCAACCUACAUAUGAACCUCUUACUGUUGAUGAAGCACUUUAUCAUAUCCCAUGGCUACAUAAAGACCAAGAACAUAUAAACUUUAUUCAGGAAAGAUCCAGAGUUGUAACAUUUGAUUGUGGAAAUGAUAUAUUUGAAGAAGGUGAUGAGCCUAAAGGAAUUUAUGUAAUUAUUUCAGGCAUGGUAAAGCUUCAAAGAUCAAAGCCAGGUUUGGGAAUUGAUCAAAUAAUCUGGGAGUCAGAGGAGAAAGAUUACCAGAUAACUUAUACAGACUUUGUGAUCAGUGGGGCAGUAAUAGGAGAGCUAAACUGCUUGACUAAUGCACCCAUGAAAUAUUCUGCCACCUGCAAAACAGUAGUAGAGACAUGUUUUAUCCCCAAAAAUUACUUGUAUGAAGCUUUUGAAAAAUUUUGUCCUCACGUUGAAUACAGAAUGUGGCUAAAACUUGGACUUUCUAUUACUGCCAAAAAAAUCAGGGAACAUUUAUCUUAUGAGGAUUGGAAUUACAAGAUGCAAUUAAAACUCAGUAACAUUUAUGUAAAAGAUAUACCAAAGAACACCAAAACUGAUAUAUAUGAUGAAACAGUCAUUUAUGUCAUCCUCAUCCAUGGAGCUGUGGAAGAUUGUCAGUUACGAAAAGCUUAUAAGGCUCCUUUCUUAAUUCCUAUAACAUGUCAUCAGAUACAAGGCACUGAAGAUUUCACAAAGGUAACAAUUGUUCGAACUUCGAUUUAUUCGAAAAGAUUCAGGUGGAAGACUAGAAAGUAUAUAGCGUCACAUAAACCAGCUGAUCCAACAACAUCAGUCUUUUCUGAAGGAGCUGAAUCCAGAACAUGUGAAUAUCCCCUUCCAGAAGACACACAUACUCAAUUUGAAGCAGGUGAAAGUGGAACACAUGAAAAUCUCUCUCAAGAAGAGACAUGCACUCAGAAUCAAGAGCCUACGAAAUCAACUGCUAAGAUCAUGAUGGAUAAGAGCAUCUAUGAGAAUGCCUCGAAUAAGCCUGAAUGGAAGUCUGCUAAAGUCAGACUGGAGUGGAAAGCGCUGACGAAAGAUCACUCGCCAUCUGGUUCUGCAAGGAUUGAGUCGUUAGUCACUGCAGUUGCUGACCUUCAAUACACCCUGAAAGGAGUUCAGGGUGGAGAUCAAGAAUAA